CCCUUUCUCGCUUUUGCGUGCACGCACCUAAACACGUCCGCCCCCCUGUCACUACUCUCGUCCCUCUCUGAUCCACAGUCAGUCGCACACAUUUAUACACAUGCGGGUGGACGGCGGAUUCUGAAAUCUCCGUGAAGAUGGUGGUACCGGGGCCGUUUUUUAAAACUGUGCUUGGAUAGCUCACAUAACGCUUUACAGCGGUAUCCAUUGUGCCUCUUCUGGAAAGAAAGACCGGCGAAUGGCCAGACAACGGGGAAUAGAACAUCUCAAAGGGAUAGAGAGGAUCGGACGGGAAGUGCGUUUAAAUAGCUAAACCCGCAAAUCUGCCUUGAAUACAAUUGAAGUAUUUGGACAGAAGAAACAGACGUCUGCUUCUUCAUGCAAUCGUGUUAAAGUGGGGGAUCAAGGAGCCGCUUGUCUGUUCAGGGAGGACUCGGUGUCCGGGGGAUACGAGGAGGGGAGAAAGCUGGUAAUUAGCCCAUAUUCUCCACUUGCUAUUCGUCUGCGACUCAAUGGGAAGAAUAGUUGCGUGGGAAAAGUUUCCAUCAAACGAGCAAAGGAGGAUGGAAAGGGGCUACAUACAACCAAGACUGGCUUCCGCCGUGGCCCUGUAUGGAUGGCAGACUGAAGUUUACUGACAAUUCAAUUACCGGUCACUCCUGGAAUUAUGGGAGAAAUCAGUGGCAGUUAUCAGGAAAUUAAAAUAAAUGUUAUGUUGACUUGACUGUUCUUGUAUUAUCAAAACAAUAUUUAUUCAACACAGACUGAGCAUGGUCUGGAUCCAAUAAAGUAGGUAUUUGCGCGUGUAGGCCUACACUUGAUCUCCAAUUCAAUUGUAGGUCUACUACAUUUUGCCGCUUUUUGCUCUGCCAACUUGUCCUCUUCAAAUUGCCCACUUCUGUCAACGUGGAUCCCCGGGAAUUGGAGGCGCAGCUUUGGAAAUUCCGGAGAGAGACCUCAGGAAAGGACGGGGCUCCAUCCAUGGAAAUACUUACGAAUAGGCCUUUUCCCAAUCACAGCAAGAGCAUGUGGGUAAAGAAGGACAAUGGGCAUUAGACGUCAGUGUUUGUUUACUCUUUCUUGUUUAUGGGAAGACAUUUCCGCCUUAAAUAACCCAGCACAUGUCAAACAAUAGUUCCGUAACUGUGGCUUUUCUUGCGAUGCCUUUACAACGCCGGAGCGUGGGUUUAUUUGGGGAAUACGGGAUAAAGUUCUACACACACUAAGUGUUUACGCGUGAAGUUUGAAAUGAUUAUUUUUCUCAUAUAUCACUGUAAAUUGGAAGCAAUUUCUGAAUGCAUUAUAGUCUACUUGCUUAAAAGCAUUACCAUGUAAUAAAUAACAGAGGACAGGCAGGAGGCUACAGUUCUGUAGAGACAAAUAUAGAUGCAGACGGGGAUUAUUUUGACAGUGCAUGUACAAAGAAUGGCUAUGCAGACAGCCAAGUAGUGAGAGCAUGAAGGAAUUUGAUCCAGGUUUCAGUUGUCAUUAUCUGAAGAAUUUGUCCCAAUAUACCAGUAGUCUACAGUCGGCUAUUUAGUCAGGGGAGAGCCUUGGAAAUGCUACUGAAUACUACUAAAGUAGUAUUACACAACUAGGUUUCUACAGUCAACAUAAUUAUGUUAUGUAAGAUUUUGACUUCUCCCCAAAUCUUUUUCAAUGAGUCAAAAACAGUUGUCAGUACUUGGACUGGAACAGAAUGAACUAUGCCGAUACAAGUGCGUCAAAACAGAGGGGAAGGUAUAAGAAUAUUAAAAAGCAACAUGGCAUCCCCCCAACAUCAGCAGCUGCUGCCUCACAACACAGAGGUGAGCUGUGACUCAAGCGGCGAGGGCAGCGUCUCCGUGAGGAUCAGCAGUAGUGUCAAACACAAGCACGGAGGAGGAGCCGGGGCGCUGGGUGGCAUGGGAGGAGGCUUCAUGGGGAGUGGGUCCAAACACUGCAAGUACAGCAUCUCCUCUAGCUGCAGCUCGGGAGAGUCCGGGGUCCUCAGGCCCGUGGUUAAGGGGCUGCGAACCCAGAGGAAGAUGCCCCAGCUGUUUGAAAGGUCUGCUGGGCACUUCUGGGACCCAAAGUUUGACUCUCCCAUCCUGGAGGAGGCAUGCAGGGAGAGGUGCUUUCCCCAGACCCAGCGGAGGUUCCGCUACGUCCUCUUCUACCUGUUUGCCGCCAGCCUCCUCUGGGGGGUGUACUUCAGUGCCAACCCCGACCGGUGUGACCGAACUGCCUUCCUCGUCCCCACCGCCUGCUUCCUCCUCUUCUGCAUCCUCCUCUUCCUUUUGACGUUCACAAGGAUCUACGUCCGCUGCUACAACCAGGCGUCGCUGCUGCUCAUCGUGGUGACCUUUGCCCUCACCCUGGCACCCCAGAUCCAGACAGCCGGCUUCAGGGACCUGGAGUCCCUCCCUCCUGAGGAUGUGGUGGAGGAUGUGGGGGACUUCAGUGGCAUGGAGCCCAGAAAUGUGACCUUCAACCGGGACUUACCCACGGGCAGCGCCUGCCUAUCUCCAGUAGGGACCUUCUCCCUGGGCAUGGAGGUGCUGCUGCUACUCUACAGCGUCCUCCACAUCCGACUCUAUGCCUCGGUGCUACUGGGACUUCUCUACUCUGUGCUCUUCGAGGCUCUGGGAUGGCUUCACCUCACCCAGGCUGCUGGGGAUGGUUGGAGCCAGGCCUUGGAGGGGUCUGACUGGGACACUCUACGCUGGCUGGGGCCAGCCAAAGCUUUGCUCCACCUGUGCGCCCAUGCCAUCGGCAUCCACCUUUUCAUCAUGUCUGAGGUGCGAUCGCGAAGUACCUUCCUCAAGGUGGGCCAGGCCAUCAUGCACGGCAAGGACCUGGAGGUGGAGAAGGCGCUGAAAGAACGCAUGAUCCACUCUGUGAUGCCUCGGAGGGUGGCCGACGACCUGAUGAAGCAGGGCGACGAGGAAGGCUUGGCAGGCGGGAGCUCGGCCAAGCGCUACUCCAGCAGCGGCGCGGCGGCCGUCAUCUCCAGUCCCAAGAACAACAAGAGGAAUAAGACCUCAAUCCCGAGAGGCCAGAUCAUCUUCAGACCCUUCAACAUGAAGCGCAUGGAGCCCGUCAGCAUCCUCUUUGCGGAUAUCGUAGGCUUCACCAAGAUGUCUGCCAACAAGUCGGCCCACGCCUUGGUGGGGCUCCUCAAUGACCUCUUUGGACGUUUUGACCGGCUGUGUGAGCUGACGUGCUGUGAGAAAAUAAGCACCCUCGGGGACUGCUACUACUGUGUGGCAGGCUGCCCUGAACCUCGGGCUGACCAUGCCUACUGCUGCGUAGAGAUGGGGCUGGGCAUGAUCCAAGCCAUCGAACAGUUCUGCCAGGAGAAGAGCGAGAUGGUUAACAUGAGGGUGGGCGUCCACACGGGCACUGUCCUGUGCGGUAUCCUCGGGAUGAAGCGAUUUAAGUUCGACGUGUGGUCCAACGACGUGAACCUGGCCAAUUUGAUGGAGCAACUGGGCGUGGCCGGGAAGGUGCACCUAUCAGAGGCCACCGCCAACUUUUUGGAUGACCGGUACCAGCGGGAGAACGGACGGGUCACUGAGAGGGUUGGACAGAGCGUGGUGGUGGACCAGCUGAAAGGAUUGAAGACCUACCUGAUCUCAGGGAGGAAGGUGGAGCCGUGCCACUGCAGCUGUUUCCAGCUGGGCCUGGUUGGCCUGGAGCCUGGGGGGGACACCCGCUGUCCCACACCCCGUGCCCACACCCCAGAUGGAGCCCCCAGAGCCCCCUCAGCCUGUGGCCUACCCCAGAGAGGGGCUCCCGACAGGGCCAAGUCUCAUUGUCUCUCCUGCAGUGCGGCUGUAGUUCCAAAGGAGGAUCAGGUUCUGGAGAAGGGCACGGUGCAAGUAUCACAUCUGGAGGAAAACUGGCACCAUGCCUACAGUGAAACAAAUACCUCUCCUUCUCUCCAGUCUCAUUGUCUCUCCUGCAGUGCGGCUGUAGUUCCAAAGGAGGAUCAGGUUCUGGAGAAGGGCACGGUGCAGAACGGUUGCCAUGACGAUCACACGACCAAUAGCAGCAAGGACACCUCAUCUCUCAAAUGUCCCUCCCAGGCCCCCUUAGGCUGCAGCCCUAAGGCCCUGAACGGUCUGCUGAGCCCCAGGCUGGAGGAGCCCCUGACCAACAGCCAGACGUCCCUGUGUGAGAUGCUCCAGGAGAAGGAGAAGAAGUGGGGUGGAGGGGCCAUGGGGAUUGACCACUCUGCUCUCAUCCCCCUGCGCUCCAAGAACUUCAGAGAGAGGAGCGACGCUCACUUUGUGGAUGUUAUCAAAGAGGACAGUCUGAUGAAGGACUACUUUUUCAAGCCUCCCAUCAACAAGCUGAGCCACACCUUCCUGGACAGAACCCUGGAGUCUGCCUACAGGACCAGCUACCAGGAAGAGGUGGAGACCCAGGCAGCGGUACAGACCUUUGCCAGCCCUACCUUCAGCUCUUUCCUGGACAUGGUCCUGUGUUGCUCAGUGUUCCUGGCCCUCUCCCUGGCCUGCCUCCUCCGGCCCCUGCUCUCCCUCCCUGGGGCACCCCUGCCUGCCCCGGCCCUCGCCCUGGUUGCCGUGGCCACCCUGCUGGAGGCCCUGGCGCUGGUGCUGUCUAUACGGAUGGCCUUCUACCUGGACAGCGUGAUGAGCUGCACUAGAACCCUGCUGAGGGCCAUCUCUGGCUGGGUCCCCCGUCACCUGAUAGGGGCCGUGCUGGUGUCCCUGCCCGCUGUGUCCGUCUUCUCACACGUCACCUGUGACAUGCACCUCUCCAUACAGUUCACCAUGCUCACCUGCUGUGCAGUGAUCAUUGCCAUCAUCCAGUACUGUAACUUCUGCCAGCUGAGCUGCUGGAUGCGCUCGGCCAUGGCCACGGUGGUGGGACUGGCUCCCUACCUCAUUCUCCAACUCUCCAUCCUGCCUUUCUCUCCUUCCUUGUUUCUCCACCCUCUCUCCCUCCCUUUCUCUCUCUCCUCCUUUAGGUCUGGCGACGCCACCAACAACAGUAACCGCAGCAGUGUUAUACAUGGUCAGCCUGAGCCCGCCGCUGACCCCGUGCCCCGCCUCCAGGACCUGCUGGGCCCCGAGGUGGGAGUGGCCUUCUUCCUGCUCCUCCUGCUCGUCUGGUUCCUCAACCGCGAGUUCGAGGUCAGCUACCGCCUCCAUUACCACGGCAACGUGGAGGCCGACCAGCACCGCAUCAAGAUCCAGAACAUGAGGGACCAAGCCGAUUGGUUGCUUAGGAACAUCAUUCCCAUCCACGUGGCAGAGCAGCUCAAAGUGACUCAGAGUUACUCCAAAAACCAUGGUAAUGUUGGCGUGAUUUUUGCCAGUAUCGUUAACUUUAGCGAGUUCUACGAGGAGAGUUACGAGGGCGGCAAGGAGUGCUACCGCGUGCUCAACGAGCUCAUCGGUGACUUCGACGAACUGCUUCGCGAGCCGCCCUUCAACAACAUCGAGAAGAUCAAGACCAUUGGCGCCACGUACAUGGCGGCGGCUGGGCUGAACGCGCAGCAGUGCGCUGAGACGCCGCACCCUCACGGCCACCUGCGGGCGCUGUUUGACUUCGCACUGGAGAUGAUGCGCGUGGUGGACGACUUCAACAAGAACAUGCUGGGCUUCAAGUUCAAGUUGCGCAUCGGUUUCAACCAUGGUCCUUUGACUGCAGGGGUGAUCGGCACCACUAAGCUGCUCUACGACAUCUGGGGCGACACUGUGAACAUCGCCAGUCGCAUGGACACUACGGGCGUGGAGUGCCGCGUGCAGGUGAGCGAGGAGAGCUACUGCGCCCUCAGUGCCAUGGACUACAACUUCGACUACCGCGGCACAGUCAACGUCAAGGGCAAAGGUCAAAUGAAGACAUUUCUGUUCCCCAAGAGUGCGGACAGCGGCGCCCCCGUGCCUCAGUACCUGCUCUCCGUCUCGCCAGAGAUCCGGGUGCAGGUGGACGGGAGUAUCGGGCGCUCGCCAACGGAUGAGCUCUCUAAUAUGGUGCCUAGCUCCAUCUCUGGUGUACCCAGUACCACCAGUCCCUCGCUCAGCUCUGGGGUGUCCACGGGUCUGCUGCGGCCUGAGAGGGGGGUGGUGGAGGCUGGAGAUAGGCCAGACAGUCGGCAACAAUACUACUGUAGCCCUACUACUACAGAGACCAUCGCAGCCAGACGCUCCUCCUCAUCAUCCUACGUUGGUCUAGCCUCCCUGCCUAUCACUAGUCAAGCUGCAGCUACUUUGAAAGUCAAACAACCAAAUCUGUCCAUCACUAAUAAAGAUGAAACUCCUUCAACCAGCGUCCAACAACCAAAUCUGCCCGCCACUAAUCUAGCUGGAGCUCUUUUGACAGUCCAACAACCAAAUCUACCCAUCAAUUAUAAAGGUGAAACUCCUUCAACCAACGUCCAACAACCAAAUCUGCCCGCCACUAAUCUAGCUGGAGCUCUUUUGACAGUCCAACAACCAAAUCCACCCAUCAAUUAUAAAGGUGAAACUCCUUCAACCAACAUCCAACAACCAAAUCUGCCCACCACUAGUCUAGCUGGAACUCCUACAACAAACGUCCUCCAACAACCAAAACCUGUGGCGCCUGCCUCCCUCCAGUCUCUCUCCCCUCAGAAUGCCACAGCAACUGAGUCACGGAAGGAGGUGGAAAAAGAGAAAGAGGAGCAGGACGAUGAUGACAUUAUUGGCGAGCUAACGAAACUCUAAGACUGUUAUGUCUGCGAUAGUUUUUUAGCCUUCAGCCCUUUAAGCACGGCCUUCCUUGCAUUCCUGCCAGUUGAAGCUUAUUAUGGAACAGUCAUAUGUGACGAGAAGGCAUACAGGAGGGAGCACCUAAAUGGCUUUAAGAAACCAGUUUCUGGCUCCUCUGUUGUCAAUUCUUCUCCAGGUUCGUGCUCAUUAGGACACACCUUUGUUAAUCUUUUUGCAACUGUAUGCGAAAAUGAGCGUUUCUUAUUGAACAAGUUCAGAUACUACGUCUGUUUUCUUCCCGUUCAUGCCCACUGAACACGACCGAUGUAUCUGGUGGCCACAGUAAGAGUGAAUAAGAAGAUAGGUAAAGUACGAUGGGCGCUAUUACUGAACUUAUGUUGCUAUAGAAACCCAGCCUCCUAUGAUCUACUUGAUUCUCACUAACAUCUUUAGUCUUUUUUUUGUUGUUGUAUGUUUUUGGCUUUUUUUUUCUUCUCGCCUUUGUUUUUUUAAUGUCUUGAUUAAGUGCCUUUAGCACAAAAUAAUGUGUAGAACAAGCUGGUCUGGACGAGGAACGAAGAAGAAGCAUAAAGACCACUGGGAAAGACUUCUACCAAACUGGGAACCUUAUGUACAUUCUAAGGCAAAAGCUUGGUUUCUGUCAGUUUGUUAUAGUUGUCUUUGGUCUUUGGAGCUAUGAAAUUGCUUUUAUUACUGUAGUUAAGGAGUUUACAAGAAUCGGAGCAAUAAGAAAUACCACAGUGAAGAGUGAAUGAUGGGUUACAAAGGGAAGCAAGAUGGAGUCGUCUUUUCACAGUGAAUCACUUUAAAUUGUCUAAGAAAAGCACAGGCCUCGCACAAUGCUCUCAGACAAACCCACAACAAUAUCUAGAACAUCAGUCGGAAGGCUUGACUGUGUGCUUGUGUCUGUGCGCUACACUACAGUAAUAACUGCCAUCCACGGCCUCAUGCGGAGAGGUGGCUGUAAGUUGUCAUUCUGCAACUGAUGAAACCGUGGGAAGAAGGUGAGGAGUGUGAUUAAGACAUAAUGAAAUCCCUCUGGCUGAUGUGGUAUCUUUUCUCCUGGCCCUGGUUAAAAGUAAGGACCUCUGUCUUACUAGCCUCAAGCCGUCAACUAGACCUUGGUAAUAGUAAUUAGGGCUGAAUCCUAACUCCCACUUAAGUCUGUUUUAAGUCAAAGUCUUCAAUUGACAUCAAUGCAUGACUAAGUGAAAAUGUUUAAGUUAGGACUUGACCCUAACUCUUUAACAUAUCACUAAUUAGCUUCAGCUGCACAUUAGCUCUGCAAGUCUAUAAAGCUAACUUUUAGCACCACAGGUUGGUUCAUGUGCCAUAACCUCUUCCUAGUCUUUUACAGGAAUGCAAUCUGUUGUUAGGCUACCGUUGUUGAGGUUUGAAGUGCACCCCUCUAGGUAGGCCUACUAAUAGGUCGUUUCUAUUGAACGUGCUGGUUUGCUUACAAUACAGUUAACAAUCUGCUACAAUUGUUACAUGUGCGUCAUGUACAUAUCAUGUGGAAUAGGCAAGAGCACAAACAGAUCUGGGACCAGGCUAAUCUUGAGUAGUCUCUUGUGACAGACCUGAGUUAAGAUGUUGAGUGAUACAGUUUAACGGAAUGGUAGAUUGGUAUAUUGACCUUCAAAUAGGACUUGAUCUGCUACCCCCCCCCCCCCCCCCCCCCCUUACUCUACCGUCAGGCUAUUUAGAAAUACAUGCAAGGGGGAAUGCACCCGAUUCCUCUUGUUACAGCAUUCCUGCCAAAUUAGAUCCUGGAUAAUAAGGGACGUUUCUAACAUGUGUCAUGUAAACAACAUGUACAAAUAAACAUGUAAAGUGUGCAUGUUCAGUGCUACAUAUUUUCCUAUUUGUUUUGUGUGUUUGUUUUGUUGAAGUUGAGAUCUUGUUGUUUUCUUUUUAUAUAUAUACAUGUACUGUAUGCAUUGUUUUAUCAGAACCUUGAGAUAAUUGAGUAUGGUGAACUGUACAGUGCAUAUCCUUCAACUGCAAGUCUAAUCAUCCCUGUCACUUUCUCUCUGUUUUAGUGAAAGGGUUUGGGUGCUCCGGGGAAAUAACAAAACAAGUACUGGUACUACUAGGUUUCCAUCCAGUUGGCGACAGAUUUUCAUGCGAAUAUUCUAAAAUCUACAUAAAGAAAAUCUGCGUAUUUUUCCACCAGUGGUGUGUUUCCACCAGUGGUGUGUUUCCACCAGUGGUGUGUUUCCACCAGUGGUGUGUUUCCACCAGUGGUGUGUUUCCACCAAACGGACUUGUUGAGGAUAAAAAUCAGUGCAUGAUGACAAAGUGCACACAAAAUAUACUUUUUCACUUAAGUUUUCACGUACCAAAUAAAAAUCUAAAGUUCAGUGUGUUUCCAUUGCAUUUUCAACUCUACCAAUAGUUUUGUUAUAAAAAAAAAACUGUUGGGUAAAAUAGCAAAUUUGCCUACUCUGGUCUUGGUACAUGCGCUCUAACCAACAGCUCACAGAUACAGUGCGGAUAGGCUCGUCUACAUAAUGAGAUUAUUAUGGAUAAGAGCGAGAAAAUGUGUAAUUUUCAAAUGGCCAUUCAAGUGUCGAUCAACAUGUCACCAGAAUCAGACCCUGGAGAUUUAUUGAAAAGGAGCAUCAAGAUCACUGUGCACUUUCAUCACCCUGUGAAGUUCUUCAUAAGUUAGGCCUAUUUCAUCUGUAGCCUAAUAAACUCCUCAUCAUCGCGUGACUCAAGGUUUACUUCAAUAUGAUUAUUAUAUGAAUAUUUACCUUUAAAGGCGUUUCCACUGCCAUUUCUCGCAUAAUUAAUCAAAAAAUGACCAACACAGAAAGAUCCCAUCCCGUCAAACAAAACAAAUGAUCUUUUGGUAUUUAUAAAAUUGUACCUAAACUUCCUGUUUCCAUCACAGAUGUCGUGAUUUAAAAAAAAUUAUACGGUAUGACCUUACUCACAUAAAAACUGGGGAUGGAAACGUCUUAUAUUAUUUGUGACCUCAGACAUACUUUGAAACCUCAAAGGUACAAUAUCAAAGCGUUCUGAAUUAGGAGAAUAACUUGAAGUAAAUGUUCAUAGCAAAAGACUCCAAAGCAACAUGUUUUAGUUUAGUAAAGAUGGAGAUACUCAGGAUAUCCCAGCAAUCAUUUGGGUUUUAAGUGCAUCUUUCAACUUUCAGUACUUAAGUUUCUCUUUUGUAGUGCCAUAAUUGGUUUUACUACAGGUUCCUUGUGUGUACUGCAAGAGUUUGCUAGUAGUGCCUUUUCAGUCAUAGGAAAAUCCUCUCUAAAUCAACUCUGAUAUCAUUUAAUUAAGAUUGCCAUGUUUUGUUUCUCAAACCUCCUUGAAUACACUUUUUUUUUGCUUUUUGACAUGUGUACAUAUUUUUCUCAUCCAAGUUCUUUAAAAUGUUUAUAUAAAUUUGACAUGUGCCUUUUCUACUUCAUAACCUGCUGAGCAAUUGUUUCCAACAUUUAGUAUCACUGAUAUGAGUAUGAAACUCAAUAUUGCAGUUCAUUGUCACUUUUUGGUACACAGCUGCCACUGAUUUGUUCUGAUGUGGAUUUAAAAACCAGGAAUAACAAAAAUGUUGUUUUGCUUUGUUUGACUGGAUAUUGUUGUACUGUGUAGAAUUGCUUGAAUCGGGUUAGGCCCAUUUUAAGUGCAUUAAUCUACAAACGGAUUGUUUUCAAAUUGUCAAAUGUAUUCUUGCCGAUUAUGAGCGUGCAACCCUUGUUGUAACCUACCCAAAUUGCAUUGAUUACAAUAAAGAGACAUAUUGGAAACAAUCAGUUUAAAUAAUAAACAUCACACAGUGUUAUGUUGCUGAAUGUCCCAAGGAAGGGGAAUCUGCAUAAUUGAGGUCUGGACACAUGAAAGGAAGAUAAAACCCAGAUAUUAGCUACAGCUUAUCUUAUUGCUUUUGAGAAACUCUGCUUAUCAACCUAUGGAUUCCUGGUGUUUUAUCGUGUUGAUGCUGGAUAAGUAGCGUUCUUUAGAAAGCGAAGGGAAAUAAAUAGUUGAAUUUAAGGCUAACUCUUAUAGAGUUGUUGGAGCUCAAAUCUUGAGCCCAAUUCAGUCCGAACUGUACUGUGAUGGCUCUAUUUUCAUUUCACACUGCAACUGUGGUGAAUGUGUUACUGAACCAGCUCAGUUCAGCUCGGUUGGGCUCAGUAGUGUGAAAAAGGAAUUGUGUUCCCUACUUCAAAAAAAGCUUAGUUUUUUGUUGUUGUUGUACUAACUUGCCUUCCUGCAAAAAGGACUUCAUGAAUUGACAAUGGGAUUGAAACGUUGUGAACUAACAGAAUGGCACAUUGGGACUUUGAUGCCAAAUAGAGAUGGCAUUGAUUUGAUGUAUGUUUGGCCUUAUUUCCCCCUCUUUAAUUUGCCCGGUCUUGUCGUGCACAUUGAUGACGGGUUGUUUCUAUACUCACUAGUACGAUCUGUAUGCGGUAUGUAUACAUUUUGCACAAAGCACUCACUCUGUAUGUACAUAUGCAUUUUAUAUGUUGUAUUAUUUAUACAGGUGCCAUUGUUGAAGGGUUGAGGAAUACAUGGAAGGUUAGAUAAACGUUAGAACACUGUUACAAUUACGCCCAAAUGUCAUGUUUGCCUGCAUGUAUAGUAUGUGUGUGUACCUACACUACGAAUGUUUGUGUACCUGUAUGAUUGUGGGAGAGGGAUGCUCUAACUUACCCCAGUAGGCCUAGGAUUGUGUGCUGCCUGAACUUGUCCAUUUCUUUCCGCCUCAGUAUGUCAAAGUCAAUUUACAUUUGAGUAAUUUAGCAGACACUCUGAUCCAGAGCAUACAUUUUUUUUCCAUAUUGGUCCCCCAUGGGAAUCGAACACACAACUUGCCAUUGCAAGCACCAUGCUCUACCAACUGAGCCACAUGGGACACUGACAAGGACCUAUAAGGACAUUUUCCUGCCACCACUACUUCUAUAUAGGCCUAGGCGACAGAUCUCUCCAUCCUAAGGGAUCCCAUGGUAUUCCCCCAUGAGUAGCCUGGUCGGUCUCAGAUUGGUUUGUGCUGUUGGCAGCUCCUAUGGUCAAUGUAACAGCAAACAAUGACCGGAGGAGUUGGCGAGACAGUGCAAACAGAUCUGGGACCAGGCUACAUCAUCAACACCCUGCAAGGUAAAAUCACACUGCUAGAUUUCUGUUCAUGUUUUCACACCCUGUUUCAUAUAAGCCUACGUAUAGUUGUGGCUGGUAGAUCUUUGGCCUCCCCCCCACUGUAUGUUAUAUAGCCUAUAGCACGCUGCAUUUUUGGAGGGGUCUGCAAAUGAAGGUUAAAAAAAAGAAGAAUAAAGUGAUUUUUUUCCUGAGA